CUCAGUGGUCUCCAGGACUGUGAACUUCCGAACUGGAGCAGCGUGGCCAGCCCCGCACAGGCUCCUCUGUUACCCGCAGGGCGCCCGGCGACUUUCCCCAGGACGGGACUUCCCUGGCCAGGGCUCCCUCUGGUUCCCCAGGACUGCGUCCUUGGCUCUAGGUGGCAGCGCUCUGCGUCUACACCGACCCCAUUCGCGAGCCGGGGCUGAUGGAAACAGGUUCACUCGGGCACCCGAAGACUUGCCCAGCCUGCCAGGAAUUUCCUAACCCAGGCUGCCUAGAGGGGUGGAGCCCAACGCCCACCGCCCCUUCCCGCCCCCACCGAGCCAGGGGUCGGGUCCUCGGCGUCGUCACGCCCUGGCUGGCGAGCGCUAGGACCCGCGCCGCCUUCCUGCGGGCCCGGAGUGGGCGGGGCCUUCCAUUGUGACGUCGCAGGGGCGCGCUCCCCGCCCUCGCGGACAGACUGACAGACAGACCGGCGUGGCCAGCGCGGACCCCGAUGGUGGAGGAUCGCGCAGGAGAGCGGCUGCAAUGUAGAGGGGAACGUCACUCUGCGGAUUCUGGAGCUGUGAGAGCGCUGGGGCUCGUGCCAGGUGGACUCCCGCCGGACGGCAGGGCUGCCGGGUGCCCGGGAUGGAGGCAGAAGGUUUGGAUUGGCUUCUGGUCCCGCUGCAUCGGCUGGUUUCCUGGGGGGCCGCCGCAGCCAUGGUUUUUGGGGGCGUGGUGCCGUACAUCCCGCAGUACAGGGACAUCAGGAGGACUCAGAACGCCGACGGCUUUUCCACCCACGUGUGUCUGGUGCUACUGGUGGCCAAUAUUCUACGGAUACUCUUCUGCUGGAGACAGCAGGGAUGAAGAGCCCAAAGCCCCGCCCAGGCGGUCCUAUCUGGAUUUUGAUCCACACCACUUCUGGCAUUGGAGCAGCUUCGGGGACUAUGUGCAGUGUGUCCUGGCCUUCACUGGUGUGGCGGGCUAUGUCACCUACCUGUCCAUCGAUUCGGCCCUGUUUGUGGAGACGCUGGGCUUCCUUGCAGUGCUGACCGAGGCCAUGCUGGGCGUGCCACAGCUGUACCGCAACUACUGCCACCGCUCCACAGAGGGCAUGAGCCUCAAGAUGGUGCUCAUGUGGACAAGCGGGGACACCUUCAAGACAGCCUACUUCCUGCUCAAUGGUGCACCCCUGCAGUUCUCAGUCUGUGGCCUGCUGCAGGUGCUGGUGGACCUGGCCAUCCUGGGGCAGGCCUAUAUCUUUGCCUGCCACCCCCAGAAGCCAGCACCCCACACUGCACACCCUGCCAGUGCCAAGGCCCUCUGAGGCACCAGAGACAAGACUGUGUGAUCCUGGGUGUGGGUGGAGGUGAAGUCCUGGUGCCAGGUUCUCCACCAGCCUGCGUGAGGGGUGGGUGCCUGGGGGUGGCUGGGAACAGGCCAGUCUGGCACUCCCCGUGAGGACAGUGGGCACGGAUCUUGCACCCAGGGCUAGCUCUCAGGCAUGUUCAAGGUGACAGGAAACUGUGUCUCAUGCGCCUUCUCAGAUGCACUGGCCUGACCUGAGAGGCUCCGUCAGGAAGGAGGGCUGUGGGGCUCAGCAGCUGCCCUGGGCAAGCCUGGGGAGAGGGGGCCCUGCAGACCCCGGGCAGAACCUGUGGCUGCCAGGACAGACAGCAGGCCAGUGUGAGGGUCCUGGCUGCUGGUGGCCCAUCCCCAUGCUGUCCCCACCUACCCGCUGCCACUGUUGCUGUGCCUGCCUGACGGGCCGCUGGCCUGACACCACCGCCAUGUUCCCCUUUUCCAUUCAACACCGGUGACAUGUGCUUGGCAGCCCUGUGCCCAUCUGGUCACUCCCAGCCCUGAGAGUUCUGGAUGCUUCUGUGGACUCCCACAGGCAAUGACUUCCUUCUGCAGGGCAGAGGGGCCGCCCCCAUGCAGGGGUCGCGGCAGGCUGUGGUCAGCACCAGGCUCGUGAUGGCAGGGGGCGCUAUGGUGGCCCAGGAAGCCACAGCACCAUCCCACCUGGCUUUCCUCAGAUUCAGUGUCUGAGUGAGGCUCUUGCUUAGUUCUGUGGCUGCAAGAUGCUUUGAAAUGUUUAUUUUUUAAAAAUGAAGGUAGAUGUCUGUAGUGGUAAUUGCUUCCAAAUUAAAAUGUCACCGACCGCAGGUUCGGUGGCUGCUCAUUGAAUGUA